AUGACAGAGAUAUUCUUCUCAUCAGAGAUCGCAGACAAUGUCAAAGGGCGGGUGGUUGUCAUGACAGGUGGUGCUCAAGGAAUUGGAGCAUCGCUCAUUUCGCUGCUGUACGAGAGAGGAGCGCAUGUUUACUUCGGAGACUGGGAUGAUGCAAGAGGCCAGCAGCUUGCACGCCGUCUCCAGUCGAGCAAGUCUUCCAGUGGCGGAUCGGUACAUUUCCAGAAGCUCGACGUCCGUGACUACAAGGCGCAGUUACAACUCUUCAAGACGCCGUAUGAGGAGAAAGGUCAUAUCGACAUUGCAAUCUCUUCCGCCGCCGUGAUUGAGCCAAAUGGUUGGUUUGGCACAGAUCAACUGACCCUCGAAGCGGUUGAGACCGAGCCCGAACCCCUCAAGAACACCAUUGAUAUCAACUUGACAAGUGUUGUUCUCUUUUGCCGAUUAGCAAUUGCUUUCAUGAAGCAGGAUAAAGAUCCCAAGACCUUGAAUGGUUUCUCUAAAUCUAUUGUCUUGCUGUCUUCUAUUGCUGGAAUAACCGAGGCAGCUGGUCUCUUUUCUUACAGCGCUGCAAAGCAUGGCGUGAUAGGACUUAUGAGGUCUCUACGAGCGCUGGCGACAACCAAGUUCAACAUUCGCAUCAACACCGUGUGUCCCUGGGCGACGGAUACGCAGAUGAUAGACAACGUGCGCUCCAUCUUCGAGAAGCAUCAACUGCCCUUUAAUACGCCCAACGACGUUGCGCAGUUCAUUCUUCAGCUGGUGACGGAUAAGAGCUUGAACGGCAAAUCUGUUCUGGUAGCUGGUGGUAGAGGGUUUGAUACUGAGGAAGGCAUUGAUAGGACAAUGUCUGAGUGGUUCGGGCCUCUUACGGAGGAAUUCUGGCGCGGGCAAAAGGUCCUUGGCACGGUACGUACUCUGACUUCCGGAUUCUAUGUACAUUUGAGUGGCCGKUUACUAAKGUCGGAUAUUAGGGUGAUGAAUGGUCUCAUAUUUGAUCAAGUGUCAUUUUCRAUGAGUAURAUGYUAUUCGUACUGAGAUCCGUGACUUGA